AAGACAUAAUUACGGUAGACGUCAGCAAAAGCGUGCGCGCCACCCUUCAGAGGAAGCUGCACGCGGGAUGUGUGGGACAUAAUGGUGGAUAGGUAGGGAACACAGUUAAGCUAGCUAAGAGUAGCUCUUCAACUGUUGCUCAAUUUCCAGUUGUUGUCUUGGACUCUUCCACCGCUCUGACCCGACAGCCGCUCGCUGCCGCAGCCCGCUUGGACUCAACGACGCCCUGGACCGCAGCAAAAUGCCGAAUAUCAAAAUAUUUAGCGGUAGCUCACACCCGGACCUCUCUCAGAAAAUAGCAGACCGCCUGGGUCUCGAGCUGGGAAAGGUUGUAACAAAGAAGUUUAGCAAUCAAGAAACGUGCGUGGAGAUAGGGGAGAGCGUGCGUGGGGAGGAUGUCUACAUCGUGCAGAGUGGUUGUGGGGAGAUCAAUGACAAUUUGAUGGAGUUACUGAUCAUGAUCAAUGCCUGCAAGAUUGCCUCCGCCUCCAGGGUCACUGCUGUCAUCCCCUGCUUUCCGUACGCCCGGCAGGACAAGAAGGACAAGGUGGGGAGCCGGGCCCCUAUCUCUGCCAAGUUGGUGGCCAACAUGUUGUCAGUAUCAGGCGCUGACCAUAUAAUCACAAUGGACUUGCAUGCUUCACAGAUACAGGGAUUCUUUGAUAUACCCGUUGAUAACUUGUAUGCAGAGCCAGCUGUGCUGAAGUGGAUUAAAGAGAACAUCCCAGAGUGGAAAAACUGUAUCAUUGUCUCUCCUGAUGCAGGAGGAGCCAAGAGGGUCACAUCAAUAGCAGACAGGUUGAAUGUGGACUUUGCUCUUAUUCACAAAGAGAGGAAAAAGGCGAACGAGGUGGACCGCAUGGUCCUUGUCGGAGAUGUGACUGAUCGGGUUGCCAUCCUUGUAGAUGAUAUGGCUGACACAUGUGGCACAGUUUGCCAUGCUGCUGACAAACUAAUUUCUGCUGGAGCCACCAAGGUGUAUGCCAUCUUAACCCAUGGCAUCUUUUCUGGCCCGGCUAUUUCGCGCAUCAACAAUGCCUGUUUUGAAGCUGUGGUUGUCACUAAUACAAUCCCUCAGGAGGAAAAGAUGAAGCAUUGUUCCAAAAUACAGGUUAUUGACAUCUCAAUGAUCCUUGCUGAGGCAAUUCGCAGAACUCACAACGGCGAGUCUGUGUCAUACCUGUUCAGCCAUGUUCCUUUGUAACAAAAGCUGUCUACCAUCAACCUUGUGCUAUUAACACCAAAUAAGAGAAGAGGAAAUUCCCCAACUGAAACACAACCAUUAACAAAGAUGUUCAGCUAAUUAAUUGUUUUUUGGAAGGGGGGGUGGGGGGGUAUCACAACUGUUACUAAUACUGAUCCAGUCUCACUCAAGUCCUUUCCCUUUGAGCGGUGUCCCUACAUGCCUAGGGCACCAAAGCAAUCACAAGCUACCAAUUCAGGCUGGCAUAUUUAUUUUAUAUGGAUGAAUAGUAUUUAUCCACUGUGAACGUUGUUCUUCUUUCAUAACAUUUAGAACCAGAGUUUCUCCUGACCAUUUUACCUCUGAGGGAGUCAUUUCAGUCAGUUGUCAAAGAGUUAAUACAAAUAACCCUGGAAGGUUUCUGUGGUCAGGAGAAUUUUCUGACUUAUAAAGCUGUUACAGUGCUUUUUGUUACAUUGAACGAUUGUAGUUUUUCGUUUUGCUUGUUUUUAUAUGUUUUGCGCUAGUUUACAAUGCCACUGACGCUCCACUCAACCAAGUGUGCCUCAACAGUUUGAAACAAAAUGUGUUUUCUUGUUUUUUGUUUUUUGUUUUUUGUUUUUUUUCCCCCCAUUUCUCUCCUUUUCAUUUUUCUGUUUUUUUUUUUUUUUUUCUCCACUGGACAAAGAACUUGAGUGUGUCUUAGCAGGCUGAAAACAAUCUUUUCUAAUGUUUCUUUCAACUCUUGAGGUGCGCUCAUUGAGUGGGGUUUGCCCAGUGUCCUCGAGGGUCUGUGAGGAGCCUCCUAUAGUCAGGUUGUUUGGUUUUUAGCUUGGGGUCUCUGCAGGCUGGAGCUUCCUUCAGAAAUAUUCACCUGCCUUUUAUUUCUUUGUCUGGAGGAAGGAGUUGUCAGUUAUGUGCAUAAUCCAAAUCGUUUGUUAUUCAGUAGAAUGAAUGUGCCAGUUAUUUGAGGAUGCAUUCUUAAUACAAUUAAAUAUGCGUCAGAUCUUAAA